CUACAUAAAGUGCAUGCAGUAUGGUAAAAUCUCUGCUAGAUAAACAAAAAUCUCUCCAUGCAGACAAACAAAGAAAUCGCCCAAAAAUCGACUAUGUACUGGACAAAACCACUUAGUGAUUUGAUCCUGACUGUGGACAGCAUUACCCUGAUGAUUGGCCUCCCUACCAACCUGCUAGCUCUCUACACCUUCAUUUGGAAGAUAAAACGGCGAGCUAUGCCCCUUGAUGUACUGUUGCUCAGCCUCACCAUCUCAGACCUGCUCGUCCUCAUCUUUCUCCCAAUCCGCAUGAAAGAGGCAGCCGAUAUGAAAUGGACCCUGAGCUACUUCAUGUGUCCCCUGAUGGGAUAUGUCAUAUAUACCACCAUCUACAACAGCACCUUGCUUCUAACAGCUAUCAGUGUGGAGCGCUAUCUGGGAGUGGCCUUCCCCAUUAAGUACAAACCAACGCGAAAUCCCCGGAAUGCCGUGAUUGCUGUAGUCUUAUUCUGGGUGACUACCAUGGCCCAUUGUAGUUUUGUCUACAUUGUGCAGCAGUAUGAAACUAAUAAUGACACCCACCCUGAGCCAAUGAACAGGGACUCUUGCCACACGAUGUUUAAUGAUAAGCAGUUGAAGAUCAUUUUGCCAUUCCGGCUAGAGCUGUUCAUCGUGCUUUUCUGCAUCCCUUUUAUUAUCUGCAGCUUUUGCUACAUCAAAUUCAUUCUCAUCCUCUCCCAGUUACCCAAAUUCAACCCUAAGAAGCGUUGCAGGGCCAUUGGGCUUGCUGUAGUCACCUUCCUGGUCUUCAUCAUUUGCUUCAUGCCUUUCAAUGUGUCCCAUCUGGUGAAUUUUAUUGUAUCAUCUAUUCCCAGUUGGAGAGUGUACACUUUGCUUCCCAGCACCUUCAAUGCCUGUUUGGAUCCCUUUAUCUUUUAUUUCUCCUCUUCAGCGCUCCGACAGACUUUUACCCAAUUCACAAGGGGACUCAUCAAUAGGCUUCAAGUGUUCUGCUUCUGGAGAUUGUUCAAAUGCUCUACAGUUAGGGAGAGAUUACAGAAUUCCAGCAACAUUUCCCAAUGAACAAGUCUAGAAUUGCAAACAGGUUGCAGACAGGAUUGAUAAUGUGACUAUUUAUCAGCACGUUAAGGAGAAACCUCACAGCUGUUGAUGGACCAAUAGGGACAGCAUAGUUUAGCUCUCCAUGUACUGCCUGGAAAAUGUGCAAUGUAGAAAAUGCUCACCAGCAACUUCAGUGUGUGUUUGGACCCCUUUACCUUGAGUGUUCACUGAGAUCAGUGCAAUUUUUUAUUUUUUUACCUUUAAUAGCACUAGUAGAGUUUACACUUCCAAUUUUCCGAUAUUCAAGCAAUGUCCAAUGAUGGAAUAUCAAGACAAACGUGGAAUAUGACAUUUGUGUGCAUGUCAUUGGCCGUGUUUUUAAGCCUGUCCCUUUUAAGAGAGCUCGGAUAGCUUUAUUAGAGCCUAAACAUGUGAAGUGGGCAGUUGUCUUUGGCUCAAGAUGGAAACGCAAUGGAAAUUCACAGAAUGUAAUAAAUGAAGAAUAAUUUGAGAUUUCACUGUGCAAUACUGUAGAAUACUUUACCUUUCUUUGACUUGAAAUCCUUUACUGCCAAUUAAAAAAAAAAAAAUUAAAAAAUUAAGCUAAAAAAAGCUUUAGUAUUUUGCAUGUUUAGAGCCAUAUACAUAAUUAUAUAUAAUAAUGGUACAUGAAAAUUGAUAUUUUUAAUAGAAUUUUUUUUUACCCUAACUAAAAAUCAUUUUAAAAAGUAUUAAAACAAAUCGCUUAAAUUUAAAUCUGUUGAUGGCAGAAAUGCAUUAUGUAUAUUUCCCUGUUUCUUCCACUUUGCACUCCUUCUCUAUUUGUCUAAGUGUAAUUACAUCUAUGUAAUUAAACAUUCUGUUAACAAACAUUUUAUUAGAAUUUUCAUUUGUUAAUCAUAUGUUAAAUAAAAAAUUGUUCAACUUUUUAACAAUGUUUACCUUUGCUUGCUUAAUUUGGAUAAACAAUUGUCUGGCACAUAAAUUGUGUCUAUAUAAAUAAAUUAAUAUUGAUACCCGGAGUGGAAAGUGAAGUGCAGCACCUAAAUGAAG